AUGUGGAUCGAUGAAGAAGGGUGUGAAGAUCUGGUUCGCCAGUCAUGGGUUUUCGACAAUUCAUCUGCCUUUGAUUUACCUACAAGCUAUAUAUUUCGGAUCAUACAACAUUUAGCUUAUUUGGUGUUUUGUGGAGCCAUCUUAGGUUUAUGUCUACAUCUUUCUUUGGGCUUUGAUUAUGGUAUUUCUCAUAUGCCAGUUAUAUCCUAG